UUUUAACCACGGUUAUUUUAGUGUCGACAAGUACUAUUUGAAACCUUUUGGUCGACUACUUUUUGCAGUUAUCGACUUGGAUUAACACGACAGGAAUACAUCGAUGAAUUAAAACCGUUAUAAAGCAAACUCACAAGAUUUCAUAAAUGAAGAUACAGAGAGUAAGUUCGAUAUUGAUUUUCACUCAGUAGCGAGUUUCAUAAAAAUUAUCAAAAAUCAGUUACUGUAUCAAAAAAUCCUGGCGCAGGAUUGUCACAAGUUACUCGGUGAUUCUUUGGCUAUCAAUCUUGAAAACUAUUUUUAUAAAAAAAAACUGGCGCAGGCGUGCGAAAAAGAAGACAAAUUUUAUAUCGAUUAUGUAAUCUAUCAAUAUCCAAUUAUUUAUAGAUUGCCACUACGCUUACAACUUAUAUUUAUCAAUACAAUCAAAAUCGAAAUUCGAAAAAAUUCAAUAUUGUUUUUUUUUUCAUAAAUCAUGACAGUUAAAAAAUAGAAGCUGAAAAUAAUUUACGCAUUUUUUUAGAAAUAUUUUUUACUGCUAUUUUUUUACAAUUUUUUUUUUAAUAUUUUUUAUACGCGUCCUCAUUUGGAAGGAUUUGAACUCCCGACUGAUUCGAUCUGCAGUCUAAAUUCCGUCAUAAUUUCUUUUGUUUGCUCCAAACGGCAGGGAAAUGCAAAAGAGAAGCUUGGGCAGUCAACCAAGCUUGGCCAGUCAACCAAUCACAGUCACAAGUAAUUUGGACAAUAACCCUGGAUUAUCCGAAACAUACUUAAGAUGUAUGCAGGAGAGUACUGUAGGCGUUUUUCCCGAAGACAAGGGUGCAAUGAAUGCUUAUGAAGUGUAUAAAAGUUCUGCGGAGACGAGGUUAAUGAAAAGUGAGGCUGAUAAAAGGAUAUAUGCUGAUGCGCUUAUACAUCCGCCAGGUUUCGCACCUUUAUGGUAUUUAUGUGCAAAAGUUUUAUCGAAAAUGUACGAGCCGAACGAACUGAUCGAUUUAGUUAAGAAUGAUCCGAUUAUAAUGAGAACCUACUAUGAAACGCUGAGCCUUGAUCUACCUUUGGAGAAAUGUUACUAUAUAGAAGAUGAAAGCUAUUGGAAACGUUAUGUUUUGACUCGUCACAAUGAUCCGGGCUUGCAAGUUAAGAAAAUCGAUUGGAAAAAUAAGGGAAUCACAAUGAAAUUCGAAAAAUACCUGCAACAAUUAAGUGUGGGAUAUUUUGAUGAAGUUGAGAUGGAGAGUUUAGCAGAUAAAAUUAAAUUUUACGUAACCGAUUUACAUAUUGAACGUUUGCGAUCGAUAGAUGAGCGCAAUCUACUCAAGCAUAUAAGAAGCGAUGAGAUAUGUUCCUCAUCGGGCUCAUCGUCGACUAUUCCCAGUAGUAAUGUUAGCGCGGAAGAACACCUCGAAGCGGAAGUGGAUGAAGAUACUGAAAGUAGAAUUGAGGGAAGUAGGAAAAGCAGCAUGCGAAGUUCACAAUCUGGUUCAAAUAAACAUGUUUUGUUGAGUCCAAUAAUGAGCCAACCGUUGCAUACUGUCCGGGGAUUUUCAAGUGUAACAAGUGUCUACUCAACUUGGAAUUACAAUUCGAGAUCAAUUACUAGUUUGUGGUAUGACGGUGACGAUACCGAGUAUGAAGAUAAAUUAAUAAGGAAGGAAAGGAGGGCGGCACAACGUUUAAAGCGACAAAAGCGGGCCGAAUGCAAAGAAGACAAACGAAACGCGGAAGAGCGGGCGAAGGUUGAAGCCGAGGCAGCUGCUAAAGCGGCCGAAGAGAAAGCAGCAAAGGAGAGAUUGGCUAAAAGAAGAGCGGCAAGGCAAAAGAAGAAAGGUGAUGAUGAAAUGAUCAGUGUAUUCGAUAUGAAAGUUGAGCCGCCAGAAGAGGAAGAAGACAUUAUUGCUUUGAACGCACUAAAUAAAGAUAGAAUAAGGCAACUCCAAGUGGCAAUGAGGGACCCAGCGAUUGUAGAUUAUUGCCAUCAUGUAGAUUUGCGUCUACUUAAGUAUUUUCCAUACUUGAAUACCUUGCGCAUUGAGUUCAAUGGUCCGCCGCCACCAGCCAAAUAUGAGGAUUGGCAUUAUCAUAUCAGUACUCGUGACAUCGAACGAUUGGCUGAGGGCCUAAGAAGUUUAAGUGGUCUGCAAGUCUUUCGGCUACGCAAUAGUCGUUUGAAUGCACAUAAGCUAUUUUUACUCACCAGAAGUCUGAAGACAAUUCACUCCUUGAAAAUAGUUGAUUUCAGCUACGAUAAUUUAAAGGAUGAUUGCGGUGAGGGCCUUCAUGAACUUUUCCAACGAACUACCUCAAUUGUAUCACUCGAUCUAACCGGUAAUGAGCUCGGCGCUGAAUCGAUUUGCGAUUUGGCGAGAGCACUCGGCGGUUACGAUGGUUGCUGUCAGUAUUUGAGUUUGGCCCACAGCACUUUAAAUACUGACGCGAUGAAUUUGUUUUGCUUGCACAUUGCCAAUACGGACCAGGUGCGAGAAUUAUGCUUGCGUGGCGCUAUAAUCUCCCAAGAGGGGAUCAAAAAUUGUAUUGCCCAGCAACUGAUACCUUAUCAUAGAGUAUUACGGGCCAUUGAUAUGUCGGGAGUUAUAAUCGAUACCGAUGUUGCAUGUGAAAUACUAAAGUCAUUAAGGAAUAACUAUAAAAUACGAAGGUUUGAUGUACGCGGUUGUGACUUACCUGCCGAAUUGGAGGUCGACUUCGAAAUUCUGGUUAAUCGUAAUAAAUUCCUCUUUAUUUAUCCAGCUAUUGGCGAUACCAGGAUAUCUAUAACAGAUAUUGAUCAAUCUCUUAAAAAAACAAGAAACAAAAUCCUUUUACGCGCAAUAGAAGCGGUAGAAGCGAAAGAAGAGUGCUUGAAGUUGCGCCCGAAAUUAUUUCAUCGCGAUAGUGAAGCACCAAGUUCUAUAUUUGAUUUCCAUCUAGAACAGAUAAACUACGAAGAAAAAGAAGAAGAAGAAGGAGGCGCCGAAGCAGAACUAUACGAAGAAGAGAGCUUAAGUUCGACUACAAAAUUCCAUACCGAAGAUCCAAAUAAGUUUAACAAAAAAGAAAUUAUGUCACGCUUUUGGUAUUUUGACAUACCAAGAGGACCACAUCCAAAUUAUUAACGAAUAAAAAUAUGUUUAUUUAACAAUGACG